AUGGCCUGUCGAUCGAUUGAUUUGGAGGUCACUCCUAAUCCUCGUACGCGGGAAGAGAACCAGGAACGGGCCUUUAUCGCCGCCUCGAGGCGCAAAGACCGGAGUCUAGAUGCUCGGGUAGAAUCAGCCAACCGUGCUUCCGCUCUGCAUAAGCAGCGGACCGGGAAAGGUCUCCUCAUCACCCGAGAUAUUGUCGAGAAAGAGGCCAUGUAUGAGGAAGUGGAUGAUCGGUACCAGGAGAAGAUCAACCGCAUGCUUCAGGCGCAGAACCUGCAGAUCCAAGACCAAUUUCACCAUCAUGUACUCGCGGCCCUUGCCGUCCGCCCCCCUCCCAACCAGGCUCACCAGAAUCUCCAACAGCGUCGGGCCGCAAACCUAACACCGCGUGCCUCGAUGAAUGGCGGAAUCCGCAAAAUGAGUCUAGACCUGUCCGGCAUGCGUGGUUCCCUCUGCGAGGGCAUGAACGCUAGUCCCGCCUCUAGCCCCGUUGGGGUAACCCAGAGCUAUAUGAUGUCCCCCACAUACGACGGGAGUACACCAUCGUCGUAUCCAGAGGUGGUCCCUGCCUCAACGGGUCAGAUCCCAUCCUACCUCACCCACACUGCCCAUGCAGGCCCCGGAUGGCAGUCGCAGGCGCUCGGACCGCCGCACUUUCGUUCCCCUUGGGGAGGGUUCCAACAGAUCCCCACCAGGGCAGGUGACAUGGGGACGCCUGCCCGACAUCCGUUCCGAGAUCGCAUGGGCUCUGCACCCGUUAUCCCGGUGCAUGCCCUUGCGUCUGCCUCUGCCUCUGCCUCUGCGGGUCCGGGCCCCUUGGCCCGGACCAUGUCGCAGCACACUCGCGUCCGAUCAGAGCCCCAGGGGUUUCCUUCAGGGACGACGUCUCCCCAAGUUGAGAUAGCUCCCUCCGAACCCCUGCCGACGCCUGAUCUCUGCCCCAGCCCCAGUACUCCUCACUCGCCGACGUCCAGCAGCCGGAACACGGAGGCGAUGGGGUUGGAGUCACUGAGCAAGGAUGGGGACAGUGUAUCUUUUUCGCACGAAGGGUUGGAUCCCGAUUUUGCCGAAUUCAGCCAGUUUGCAUUUGGGUUGGGCAAUGCCCCACAAUUGGCCGAGGGGGAUUUUAGAUUCGAUGAUUUGGUUACACUUGAUGAAUUUUCCAUCACGGCAUGA